AUGGUUCUGUCGCGGCAGAUUUGUGUUUUAGCCAUUGCACUAGCUUUCCUGCUGGCGCCUGCUGCGGCGAGACCGCGGCGGCCCAGCAAGGGACAGCUGAUUGCGGAGGUGAAGAAAGCCCGAGACGCGCUCAAGAACCCUAAACUGAAUGGCCGAUAUCGCGCCAGCAGCGUGCUUCUUGAUCACCUCAUCCCCCAACUAGAGACCAACUGGAACCCAACGGACGCGUUCCUCGCAUCAGCCGACGGCAAAACCGUUCUGCUGCCCGAGGACAGUGCAAUCAAAUCCGCGGCGCCUAAUGCCAUCUACAACAUGGUAAAGCCAGACCUGAAGCGCCAAGAACUUCGCACCUACGCUUCGUGGAUUCGUUCGAAUAUUCUUGACGGGGUCUUACUAGAGGAGAAAGACAUUGCCGCUGCUAAGGUGUUACGGGAUGACAAUGGUCGCACGGUGGGUACGGCUGUCACUGUGGCACCCAACGGCUUUGGGGGUUGGGUGAGGAAGAUUCGCAUCGGAAAGGGCAAGGCGAAAAUCAAACAACCCAAGCUGUUUAGGGGGAGGUACUUCGUUAUCCAUGGUGUGGAUGGGGUGCAGAUGCCUCAGUAA